AUGUGGGAAAACUACACUGUGACCAUCGUCACUCUGCUGGCAUGGUUCUGUUCAGCGACCAUCGUCCUCAUUCUCCCCUUGGAUGUCUCGUCGACAUUCUAUUGGGACUGUUUGAGGAGAUGGUACUGCAGCGAGCCUGGUCACGGGAACACUUACGGCUGUGCAGCGGAUGAGAUCUUCUCCAACGACACCGCCGCCAUCGAGUGCCGGCAGAGCGAUAACUGCGACUGCGUCGUGCCGUGGAGUUACGUGUCUUCCACGGCACUGCCCAACUUCUGGCGGUUCAUCUACUGGACACUCCAGCUGCUCACAUGGUGUGUGAUUGUGUUGCCGUUGCUGCAGACGUACAUGACUGCGGGCGACUUUACCGUUGGGCAGCGGCUGAAGACGUCGCUUCGCGCCAAUGCCGUCGCCUACCUCUCCCUCGGCCUCAUCGUCCUCAUCCUCAUCAUCUACCUCUCCGUCAAGCAGCACAUGACCCUGUACGUGCGUGUCGGGCUGGAGCAGCUUGCGAUUGCGUCGUCCAACACGUGGGGCCUGCUGCUGGUGGUGAUCAUGCUCGGCUAUGGCAUUGUCGACGUCCCGCGUCUCUUCUGGCGCCGCUACAGUCUCGACUACUCCAUGCGCCUGUACCAGUUCCGUGUCGGCACCAUGUACCACGACCUCGCAGAUGCACAGGAGAAGUUGACGCAGGUGUACGACUCGGUCAAGGAGAUGACAGCUGCGUGCCCGCGCGAUGAGCACCUCUGGAAAUACGUCGAAAUUAUCCUGGCGCGGUGUCCCUUUGAUGCCAACGAGGCGGCUGAGCGGUUCAGCCGGCACGACGUUGCGCUCAUCACGCGACGGUCGCUGGCGCGUCUCCACGCCAAGGUCAAGCACGCCCAGCUCGUCGUCGGCAGAUACGAGGCCCUCUAUGCUGACCUGCUCGAGAAGGUGGGUCAUGGUCGCGCGCGCGUCGGUGUCUACGCAUACUUCUCACACACUUUCACACACACACACACACACACACACACACACACACACACGCACGCACGCACACACGCACACACGCACACACGCACGCACGCACACACUUUCUUACGCUCACACAUCCGGCGUGUGGUGUAUCUGUGCCUGGCAGUGCUGGCGACGGGGUGCUCGCUGGCUGUGGUGUGGUCCGAGGUGACGUUUUUCCAAUCCGAGCCAACCAUCAGCAUCUACGCCAUCCUCAUCUCGGCUAUUGGGCACAACGGGCAGUACUUUGACCUGGAGUUGAUUGCGUUCCUCACCCUCUUCUACCUCAGCUUCUGCACAUAUCGCGUAAUCUUCCGCAUGCGCAUCUUCAACUUUUACAACCUCGUGCCAAAGCAGCAGACGGACGCUGCAAGCCUGAUCUUUGCUGCGAUUCUGCUGUCGCGCCUGACAAUUCCGCUCUGCCUCAACUUCCUGAGCAUGGCGCACCUCGACAGCCACGUCACCGCCGGCAACAUUGCACAGCCGACAGCGUUUACGCAGGUGAUGGGGCAUGUUGACUUUUUUGGCUUCAUCAAGGACUUCAACACGUACUAUCCAAUCACCAUUCUCCUCGUCAGCCUGGCCACCAUCCUGCGGCUCGGCAGUCGCAUCCUUGGGUUCUGCGGCGUGCCCUCGCUCGUGGUUGAUGACGAAACAGCACAGGACGCGGUGUCUGAGGGAAAGAUGUUGAUACGGCGGGAGCGGCGGGCGCGCCAGCGCGGCGAAGCCCUUGGACACCAGUCGUUUGGGGUACAAAUACCGCGGGCGGUGAGCAGUCGCUUGGACGACGCUGAUGCCGGCGAUGACGACGAUGAUGACGGUGGCGGCGCAGAAGCGCUGACGAGUGUGACGACUUCGCGACCGAUGCGAUCAAUGCGGCGGUCUCGCAGCGCUGCUGGGCGGGGCGCGCCGUCGGGCGGGCGGCUGUCGCUGGUGAAUGGGGUGCGGCGGUGGUUUGGGUUUGACGGCGGCAGCGACGCUGCGGACACAGACGACCUCGAAGACCUCCUCGCCGAGGACAGGCUGGAUGCCGACAGCGGUGCGCGUGUGUCGUCGUCACGAACGCGUGCGAGUCGAAAUGGAACGAAGAAGAAAAAGGCACCACGCAACGUGUUUGCAAACCUGUGA